AUGGAUGUGUUAUUGCCUCUGAUCAAGACGCCAAGGGACAAGAACAUGAGCAAGGAAGAGUUCAUUAGCAGAAGAUCUCUGGAAUUGGACAGUAAUGAGAUUCGUGCGGCUGCUUACAAAAUCUUUUCACAGGACAUCGAAAGCCGUUGCUCUAUUAUUACCGUUGAGGGAUUCGACACUUNGCUUCCUAAGGCUGAUAUCAUGGUUGCAUUGUAUCAACUUUUCCAUCCAUGUGGAUAUGUCCGUCAUCUUGAGGUUAACGAAGACCCUGAAACCAAUCUUCUCAACAGAUGUGCUCUCCUCCAUCUUAUGGGAGAAGGCGCAGAAGAGCGCGCGUUGGCACUUAAUGGAAGUGAGUUCAAAGGAUGGAAGGUAGUUAUUAAACUGUUACCGAAUGAAGUUCCUAGGCUUGAUCGUAGGAUAGUGGNUUCUCUAAGAGCCUGUUACGCUCGCAAAACCGUUCGUAUUGGUAUAUCAGUUGGGGGAUAUGACAUUUCGCUUCCUAAGGAUGUUGUGGAGGACUCAUUGAUUAGACAUUUCUGUUACUGUGGAGAGAUCACACACUUGGCUCUGACACAAGGCUGUGGACCCAAUGCCAAUACUCUGAAAAAGACGGCUUUGGUGUUCUUUGCCAGAGAAGAGGGAGUAGAGAGAGCGUUGGCACUUGAUGGAAGCGAUGCGGGAGGAUGGAAGGUAUCAGUUAGGGCUUUACCGGACCCUAGACUAUUCACUAUCCCUGCAGACUGCAGUCAAGGUUGGUUUGGCUCUACUGCCCCAGCUCCUCCUUGUGCCAACAUGACUGUGGAGUCUGCCGAGUAG